UUGUGAAAUCAAAACGUGAAAAACAGUCCUCGCGUCGUCGUCGCGAAAAUCCUCCGCGGUGUUUUUGAUCCGGAAAAACGCACGGUUUCAGCGAUCGAAGUGCAAAAAUCAGUGGAUUCCGAUGAAACGCGCCUAUCCGAAGGAAGCGGGCGCGGAAAACAAUGGCCCACCGCCGCCUACGUCGCCCUUCCGGCAGCCACCAACCAGUGCGGCAAUCAUCCAGCAGCAUCGGCAAAGUUUGCCCAUUUACAACAUCCGGAAGACGAUUGUGGACAAGGUGCGGGAGUGUCAAACGGUGAUUUUGAUCGGUGAGACCGGUUCCGGCAAGAGCACCCAGCUGCCGCAAUUCCUGUACGAAGGUGGCGUUCAUGGAGGGAGGAAAAUCGCCAUAACGCAACCGCGACGAGUGGCUGCCAUUUCGGUGGCGAAGCGGGUGGCCAUGGAACAGAAUGGGAACGUGGGAGAUGUCGUCGGGUACUCGGUGCGAUUCGAAGACGUGACGUCGCCGAAUACCAAGAUCAAAUUUAUGACCGAUGGAACUCUGAUGCGGGAAGCCCUGUCGGAUCAGCUGCUGAAGAACUAUAGUGUGGUAAUUCUGGACGAAGCGCACGAGAGGACGAUUGCGACGGAUGUGCUGUUUGGAAUUGUUAAGAAGGCUCAAAGUACGCGGCGGUUGAAGAUGCUGGAUCCGCUGAAGAUAAUCAUUAUGUCCGCAACGAUGAACGUGAAUCACUUUGCAAAGUACUUUGGGAAUUGUCCCACGUUGUACCUGAAGGGAAAGAAUCACGUUGUCCGGGUGUAUCAAGCGAUGGAUAACAUCAAUUACCUGGAAGCGUGCAUAACGACGAUUUUCCAGAUCCACGAGAAGGAACAGGAAAGUGGAGACAUUCUGGUGUUUCUGACGGGUCAGGAAGAGAUUGAGGCUGCCACUGCGUUGGUCAGGAGGUUGGCCAAGCAGCAAACGAACGGACAGUUCCGAAUGCGGGUGCAUCCCAUGUACGCUGCAAUGUCCCAGCAGGCCCAAAUGGAUGUCUUUUUGUCGACUCCUCCGAACACCAGGAAGGUUAUUCUGGCCACAAAUAUUGCCGAAACUUCGCUCACCAUCAGCGGAAUCAAGUAUGUCAUCGAUUGUGGGAAGGCCAAGCAGCGGGCAUAUGACCCCACAAGCGGAAUCGAUACACUAAAGGUCUCUUGGAUUUCCAAAGCUCAGGCGUGGCAACGUACGGGACGCGCCGGUCGCCUGGAGGAUGGAUUCUGCUACCGAACCUAUUCCAAGAAGGACUUCGAAGCCUUGAGCGAGCACAGCACGCCGGAAAUUCUACGGUGCAGCAUUUCGGCAUCCACCCUCCAGCUGUUGGCCCUGGGAAUCGACUGCCGAGAGUUUGACUUUCUGGACAAACCUCCCCCGAGUGCCAUCGAAAGCGCAGUACAGGAGCUGAAAAAUCUUGGAGCAAUCUUUACCACUAAGGCACCUUCCCUAACGCCCCUCGGCCGAAGAAUGGCCAAACUUCCCCUGGAACCCAAAUACGCCAAAAUCGUCCUGAGUGCCCCCGAUUUUGGCUGCCUGAACGAAAUCCUCACCAUUGUGGCCAUGCUGUCCGGGGAGAACGUCUUCUUGAACAACAGCCAACGACGAGAACAGCAACUGGCCGCCCAUUCCAAGUUCUACUCCAAAUGCGGCGACCACCUUACCCUCCUCAAAGUGUUCGAAGAGUUCAAAUCCAAGGACAAACCACGGAAGUGGUGCGGCGACAAUUUCCUCAUGGAACGCCAUCUCAGUCACGCGGCAUCCGUCCGGACCCAGCUGUUGGACAUCUGCAGCAAGUUAGGUAUUCAGCCGAGCUCCUGCGGGGACGAUCCCAUCCCGGUCGUGAAAUGUCUUCUGACCGGACUGUUCCUGAAUAUCGCCGAACUGCAGCGGGACAACUCGUAUCUCUGCCUGAGCAGCCGAACCCCCGCACGGAUCCAUCCGUCCAGUGUCCUCUGCGGGCGAGCUCGGCCCCGAUACGUGCUAUUCACCGAACAGGUUGCAACCGGGAGCCGAUAUCUUCGGACGGUCACCGAAGUGGAACCCGAAUGGGUAGGUGAAACUGCGCCGCAUUGUCCAUUUUUGGAUCGAAUUUCCUCCAGCGGGGGUGGAGGAGCCCGCGGCAGCACCAGUAGCUACGCCAUGGGCACGGCAUCUAGCGCAAUGAAGACAGUUUGAAGGACGAAUACAUUACAAAAGUGAUAAACCCAAGGUCUAUUAUUGAAGAGAAAAAAGUGUUUUAAACAAAAACAAACGUUAAGUCGAAUAAAAAGUUAAAGGAUGUGAUCCGGAACACUAUUUACAGGAGUUUUAUUGACUUCUAUCUACUUUAGAAUAAGAUAAAUCUUGAAAUUACUCGGUCCUGAAUGGGUCUGGUACGUUUGGCAUAAGGCCGUUUGGCAUAAGGACAUUUGGCAUAAGGACGUUUGGCAUAAAGGACAUUUGGCAUAAAGGACGUUUGGCAUAAAGGACGUUUGGCAUAAGGGACGUUUGGCAUAAAGAAUAUGUGAAAUAUAUUUUCCCUCUGGAGAAAAAUUAAAGAACAGCCUUCAAGGGAAAGAAGGCAAACUUGUUGUUGGUGCAUUAUA